AUGUUCGUUUACAAGAGAGAUGGACGCAAGGAACGCGUGCAGUUUGAUAAGAUCACUGCUCGCGUCUCCAGACUGUGUUACGGUCUUGACCCUGAGCACGUCGAUGCUGCUGCCAUCACCCAAAAAGUCAUCUCUGGUGUCUACCAGGGAGUUAACACCAUUGAGCUGGACAACUUGGCUGCCGAGACCGCUGCGUACAUGACCGUCACACAUCCCGACUAUGCCAUCCUGGCCGCUCGUAUUGCCGUUUCCAACCUCCACAAGCAGACUAAGAAGCAGUUCUCCAUGGCUAUCUCAGAUCUCUACCACUAUGUCAACCCCAAAAACAACAAGGCUGCCCCCAUGAUCUCCAAAGAGACCUAUGAGAUCGUUAUGAAGCACGCCGAUGAGCUCAACUCGGCCAUUGUUUAUGACCGUGAUUUCAACUACAACUACUUCGGUUUCAAGACUUUGGAGCGUUCAUAUCUCCUCCGGGUUAACGGCAAGGUCGCCGAGCGUCCUCAACAUUUGUUGAUGCGUGUCUCUGUGGGAAUCCACGGCGAGGAUAUUGAGAAGGCCAUUGAGACAUACCACCUCAUGUCCCAGAAGUUCUUCACUCACGCUUCCCCCACUCUCUUCAAUGCUGGUACUCCCCAGCCCCAGCUGGCUUCUUGUUUCCUGGUUGAUGUCAGCAGUGACAGCAUUGAGGGUAUCUAUGACACUUUGAAGACCUGUGCCAUGAUUUCUAAGACCGCUGGUGGUAUCGGUCUCAAUGUUCACCGCAUCCGUGCUACUGGAUCAUACAUUGGCGGUACUAACGGUUCCUCCAAUGGUAUCGUUCCUAUGCUACGUGUGUUCAACAACACUGCUCGCUACGUCGACCAGGGUGGCAACAAGCGCCCCGGUGCCUUUGCCAUCUACCUCGAGCCCUGGCACGCCGAUGUGUUCGAGUUCUUGGACUUGCGCAAGAACCACGGUAAGGAGGAGGUUCGUGCUCGUGAUCUCUUCUACGCUCUGUGGACUCCCGAUCUGUUCAUGAAGCGUGUUGAAGCCAACGGCGACUGGACCCUGUUCUGCCCCAACGAGGCCCCUGGCCUUGCCGAUGUCUACGGUGAUGAGUUCGACGCCCUUUUCGAGAAGUACGAGCGCGAAGGCCGGGGUCGCAAGACUAUCAAGGCCCAGAAGCUCUGGUAUGCUAUCCUCGAGGCUCAGACUGAGACCGGUAACCCCUUCAUGCUGUACAAGGAUGCUUGCAACCGCAAGAGCAACCAGAAGAACCUGGGUACCAUUCGCAGCUCCAACUUGUGCACUGAGAUUAUCGAGUACAGCGCCCCUGAUGAGGUCGCCGUCUGCAACUUGGCCUCUCUGGCUCUUCCCACCUUUGUUGAUGCUGCUCGUGGCGAGUAUGACUUUGGCAAGCUCCACGAGGUCGUCCAGGUUCUGGUUCGCAACCUGAACAAGAUCAUUGACAUCAACUACUACCCCGUCCCUGAGGCUAAGAAGAGCAACUUCCGUCACCGUCCCAUCGCUCUAGGUGUCAACGGUCUGGCCGAUGCUUUCCUUGCCCUGCGUUUGCCCUUCGACUCACCCGAGGCCAAGCAGCUCAACAUCCAGAUCUUCGAGACCAUCUACCACGGUGCCCUCACUGCUUCCGCUGAGCUGGCCAAGCAGCUCGGUACCUACGAGACCUACCCUGGCUCUCCUGUUUCGCAGGGUAUCCUGCAGUACGACAUGUGGGACCGUACUCCUACUGAUCUGUGGGAUUGGGCUUCCCUGAAGGCCAAGAUUGCCGAGAGUGGUGUUCGCAACAGUCUGCUGGUCGCUCCCAUGCCCACUGCCAGUACCAGUCAGAUCCUGGGCUUCAACGAGUGCUUCGAGCCCUACACCUCCAACAUCUACUCCCGUCGUGUCUUGGCUGGUGAGUUCCAGGUUGUCAACCCCUGGCUCCUCAAGGACCUGGUCGACCUUGGCCUGUGGUCCGACAACAUGAAGAACCGUAUUAUCGCCGACGGUGGCUCUGUCCAGAACAUCCCCAACAUCCCCGCCGACAUCAAGGCUCUGUACAAGACCGUGUGGGAGAUCUCCCAGCGUAACAUCCUGCAGAUGGCUGCCGACCGUGGUGCUUUCAUUGACCAGUCUCAGUCCCUGAACAUCCACAUGAAGGAACCUACCAUGGGCAAGAUCACUAGUAUGCACUUUGCUGGCUGGAAGAUGGGUCUGAAGACUGGCAUGUACUACCUGCGUACCAUGGCCGCCUCUGCUCCCAUUCAGUUCACUGUUGACCAGGAGGCGCUGAAGGUUGAGGAUACCAACGUUGCCCGUUCUAAGAAGCGUGUUGGUGGUGUUGUCUCCUCUUACUCUGCUGUGCCCCGUUCUGAGACUGCUACUCCUGCUCCCAUCCAAGAGAGCCCCCGCACUCUGGUCCCUGAGCCCAUCGUUGCUGCCCCUGUCGCAGCUCCCGUUGAGGUCAUCGCUUCGGCUGAAGAGGCUGCUCCCGCUGAAGAGGUUGUCGCCGAGGGCGAGGGCCCCCAGGGUGAUAUCUUCUCGGACGCUGUUCUCCAGUGCAGCAUUGAAAACAAGGAGGCUUGCCUCAUGUGCCAGGGUUAG